CUUCCAACGCUAGCUGCUGCUUCCAAUGACGACGCAAUGGCUUUCCAACAUGGCCCUCUCCUGCAAAGCCGCCGUCGCCGAGGCCACUGCCCCCGGAAGACGUCUUCUCUUCGCAGUCUUCAACAAAGCACUUCUCGCUCUUCUCACCUUCGCUCUCGCCUUCGGAGGAGCGUUCGUGGGGUUGGUUUGUGGAGCCAUCAAAGGGCAGACGACGGAAACUGGGUUUGUGCGCGGGGCGGAGAUAGGCGCGGUGGCGGGGGCCAUCACAGCUCUUCAGUUGACGGAAUUGACGGUGCAUGGGGAGCCAUUCUCCAAGGGGGCCCUCUUAUUCAGUCUGAUGAAUGGGAAAGUGUUCAAUGAAUGGGUGAGCCCGGCAGUGCUAAAAGCCUACCAAUGGCAGAUGAGCUCAGUGGAAGCAGCAAGCUCCACUGCAAACUCAUCAGAUAUCUUCGAGAUGAAUGGAAGCAGAGGGCUGUCUCCGGAUUCUAUCAAGAAGCUCUCAAAACACAGAUUCUUCUGUCACCCAGCUCAUCACAUUACUUGCAUUGUUUGCUUGGAGGUCUUGAAGAAUGGGGAAAUGACAAGGGCAUUAGAGAAUUGUGGGCACCCUUUCCAUGUGGAUUGUAUAGAUGAAUGGCUAAGGCAGCAUGGGUCUUGCCCCAUUUGCAGGACAGAUGUCUGAAUAUUCACCACAACAAGAGCUUGCAAUUAGGAAGAAACCAACCAAAUCAUCAUCAUAUUAAUUUGUAUAAUUGGCAUUAAUUAAUUAUGUAAAUGCCAAGUCUCAAG